GUUCCAAAACAUGAAGAAGCACAACUGGGUAUUAGCCAAUUCAUUCUUUGAGUUAGAGAAAGAAGUCAUUGACUCCAUGUCUGAGCUUUGUCCAAUCCGACCCGUUGGUCCUCUGGUCCCCACUUCGCUACUCGGUGAAGAUGAAAAAUUCGAUGUUGGUGUUGAACUCUGGACACCGGAAAAUGCUUGCUUAGAAUGGCUAAACAAACAGGCAGUUUCUUCAGUUAUUUACGUAUCAUUCGGUAGCAUCAUCGUCUUUUCAGCAAAACAAAUGGAGGUCAUAGCAACAGCUCUAAAGAAUAGUAACCAUCCGUUCUUAUGGGUUGCCAUGCAACCAGAAGUUCCAACACCUAACGGUUCAGGAGAAUUACCAGAUGGGUUCGUCGAAGAAACGAAAGACCAAGGCUUUAUUUCAUCUUGGUGUCCCCAAACCAAAGUUUUGGCCCAUCCGGCUAUUGCAUGUUUCAUAACUCAUUGCGGGUGGAAUUCUAUGUCAGAAACAAUAGUUGCAGGUGUGCCAGUGAUCGCAUAUCCUCAAUGGACCGACCAGCCAACGAAUGCAAAGCUUGCAACUGAUGUUUUUAAGAUUGGUCUAAGGAUGAGGCCAAACAGUGACGGUAUUGUUAGUACUGAGGAAGUGGGAAAAUGUAUUAAGGAAAUCAUUAGUGGACCCAAAUCAGAAGAGUACAAGAAGAACUUAACGGAAUUGAAGGUUGCAGCAAGGAAGGCAGUGGCCGGCGGGGGCUCGUCGGACAUGAAUAUUCAGUGGUUGGUUGAUGAGAUUAGUAAUGGGAAUUCUUGUGAAAGUGAAGGUUUACUUAAUGACAGACAGCGAGAGGAAGAAGAUAAGGUUAGAACUUAA